CUGUAGAGCAUGGGUUUCUGUUGAACCCCGGAGGGGGCAGAGGGAGGAGGAGGAGGAGGAGGUUGUUUGUCCACUAGGUGUCAUACUGAGUUCAAGCUGAUGGUGACGCAACCCUCGGCGAAGCAGAGGAAGAGACGGCAGACACCGCACCUUCGACUAAGGUAAAGCAUGGCAAUGACUAGCCCAAGCUCAUGCUCCUCCAUGAGUAACCACACCAAGGAGCGCGUCACUAUGGCCAAAGUGACCCUGGAGAACUUCUACAGUAACCUCAUCGCCCAGCACGAGGAGAGAGAGAUGAGGCAGCAGAAGCUUGAGAAAGUGAUGGACCAGGAGGGCUUGGCAGAUGAAGAGAAACGUAUCCGGCGUUCUCAGCAUGCAAGGAAAGAGACGGAGUUUCUGCGUCUGAAACGUACUCGACUUGGUCUGGAGGACUUUGAGUCCCUGAAGGUGAUUGGCCGAGGAGCUUUUGGAGAGGUUCGUCUGGUGCAGAAGAAAGACACCGGUCAUGUCUAUGCCAUGAAGAUCCUCCGCAAAGCUGACAUGCUGGAGAAGGAACAGGUUGGUCACAUCCGUGCUGAGCGGGACAUUCUGGUAGAGGCAGAUAGCCUGUGGGUGGUCAAAAUGUUCUACAGCUUCCAGGAUAAGAUGAAUCUCUACCUCAUCAUGGAGUUCCUGCCUGGAGGAGACAUGAUGACCCUGCUGAUGAAGAAGGACACUCUGACAGAAGAGGCCACUCAGUUCUACAUAGCUGAGACGGUGCUGGCCAUCGACUCCAUCCACCAGCUGGGCUUCAUCCACAGAGACAUCAAACCAGACAACCUGCUGCUGGACUCCAGGGGUCAUGUGAAGCUGUCUGACUUUGGUCUGUGCACAGGGCUGAAGAGAGCUCACCGCACUGAGUUCUACAAGAACCUGAACCACAGCCUACCCAGUGACCUCAGUAAACAAACCUUCCAGAACAUGAACUCCAAGAGGAAAGCAGAGACCUGGAAGAGGAACAGGAGGCAACUGGCUUUCUCCACAGUGGGAACCCCCGACUACAUCGCUCCAGAGGUCUUCAUGCAAAAUGGAUACAACAAGCUCUGUGAUUGGUGGAGCCUUGGGGUCAUAAUGUAUGAGAUGCUGAUAGGUUAUCCUCCGUUCUGCUCAGAGACGCCUCAGGAGACGUACAGGAAAGUGAUGAACUGGCGAGAGACGCUCACCUUUCCCCCAGAAGUGCCUAUAUCAGAGAAGGCCAAAGACUUGAUCCUCAGGUUCUGCUGUGAGGAGGAGCACAGGAUUGGUGCUGCAGGUGUGGAGGAGAUCAAGUCCAAUCUUUUCUUUGAGGGGGUGGACUAUGACCAUAUCAGAGAGAGGCCUGCAGCCAUUCCCAUCGAGAUCAAAAGCAUCGACGACACCUCAAACUUUGAUGAAUUCCCUGAUUCAGAUAUCCUCACACCAACCGUUGCCCCGGUGUCCAACCAGACCGAGGCUGACCUGAAAAACAAGGACUGGGUCUUCAUCAACUACACCUACAAACGCUUCGAAGGCCUGACUGCUCGAGGAGCUAUACCGUCCUACAUGAAGUCAGGGAAGAGAUGAACGCCUCCAGGCAGGCUUUUGACCAACACCACCAUCAAACCUGAAAGAGUCGUCCAAACCCCCGCUGUGUGAGGAGCUUCAGCCGUGAAGGGAGAACUCUGUCUGUUUUCUGUUACCUGACGAUGAGUCACUCAGCACUCUGCAAAUAAUAAAGGGGCUCAAUUUCAUCCAUUGCUUUCCAGGAACUGCCGCCUUCAUUUCCGCAGGUCUUCACUUUCUCUGAUGCUUGCGAGAGUACCUUUCUACUUCCUGCUCACACAUGAAGACUGAACUGCAAUUUAAAGUGAUUGGGAUUCUCUCCACUUGCCUUUUCCACCAGUGGAUGCAGUGGGAUAUUUUCACUGCUGUUACCAGCCUCCAUCACAUUCCCUCAAUAAACCAGCACCAGUGUGAUGGACUUACCAAGGGCUCUUCUCCUUCCAGACGAGGACAUCCACUCCAUGUUCCCUUUUCUGUUGACUUGUCAACUCAAACAUUGCAUUAAGUCAUCACUUGACUUGAAUCCGGUGUUCUUCAGGGAUCCUGUCCAAAUGUUUCUGGUGGUUUCACUAUGAGGCUUCUAUAAAGUGCUGCUUCUGACCUAACCAAAGACUGUGAGCUGAUUGAUGUUUCUGCUUCAUCCCUUCUUUUUUUUUUUUGGUUCACAUUGCAAAUGUUGCUUAUUGAAAAGUAUGAAUAUAUAAGUGAUGUAUUUUGUGGAACAAACACAAGAGUCUUGUUACAUUUUCACCACUUAUGUUGAAUGACUUUAGCACCUUAUGUGAUGUUUGAUCCAACUCCAGUACAGUCAAACCUACAGCUCAUUUAUGCGUGUGCUUUUAUUGGACUGGAAAAGUACACUUGUGUCCAGACAUGAGUUUGACAGGAGGAGUGAAGAUAAGCUUUCCAUUUCCCAGUUGUAAUGCCAUGAACACGAUGCAAAGUCCUCACCAGGGAGGGGAAGCCUUGAUCGUCGUGUAACCUCUUCCCAUGCUAACUUAAACUAAUGCAAUUCUUGUAGACUUAUCAGCUGUUAAAGGCAGUUUGACCCACUCUACCUAUUUAACAGUGAACAGAAUGAUGCAUUACUGUAGUGCCAGGCAAAGCAUUCAACUCAUUGGGAUGCAGUGUGAACCAGAUCUAGUGUGGACUAACUUUUUAAAUAGAAGCACAGGGCUAAACAUCUUUCAGUGAACACAAUAUCCAAAAUGCUGUCAUUUAAAAUGAAUGUAAAUGAAGUUUUAUGGAGAAUAGUAUGUUUUGCUAAUUCCACAAUGCUGUUUGUGUUGAUGUAACCUGGACCAUACGAUAUUUCUUUUUCCUUUUUGUUUUUCUGUGUCCUGGCACAUAAGGUAUAACUAUGGAAGCCCAUUACGCCCUAGGAAAGAGACGGAACAAGACACACAGUCAGGAACCGUAACAAAAAAAAAUAAUAAUAAAAAAAAAAAAGAGGGAUCUUAAAUCAAAAUAAUGUGCCAGGAUAACAUUUUUACUUUUAUAAUAUUGACAUAAUACAUUUUAGAUUGACUCAAAACUGUCCAAGUCAAAUUAUGACAAACAAGUCUGACUUUAUAAAGUUGAAAUUGGGACUUAGUAUCUAAAUCAAUCUGAAAAUAUUUAUUUUCAUCAAAAUCUUGACUCUUGAAUUUGGUUUUAUUUAGAAGUUUUUACUUGUAUGUAGUAUGUCGGAACAUUGAAUACGUAAAUCUCAAAUUUUGAGUCGACUGAUGUCAAAGAUUUCUCUUCUCUCGUCAAAAUUAUGACAAAAGCCAUAUUUUGAGAUUUAAGAAAUUAAAUUCUGACACUUUCAUACAACAAUGACUUAAAAGAUCCCUUUAAAGAUGAGUCAGUGUUUUAUAAGUGGGACUUAAAAACAGAAAGUUGACUUCGUCAUUCCCAUUUAAAAAAUAAUAUGCCUAGCAGGAAUUGGCUUCCAUAUCUAACAGUUUAGCCUGAAGUUUUUUCUUGUGUGUUAUGUAAAAGUUAGUGUAUUCAGAGAGUGUGUAGAUGAAGCACAUUGUAAGCAUUUUAGAAAAGCAUGCAAUAGGGCUUUUUCUAUGGCAGGGGUCAAUAUUUGAAACUAUCUGUUAUUGGAAGGCUCCUGCGCUGGAUGCUUUUUACAGCAGCAGAUGGGUCAGCUUAAAGCAAUAGAGCACAUGGAAUUACUUAUUUUAUUGAUGCCACUUGUGUGUGUGUGUGUGUGUGUGUGUGUGUGUGUGGGUGGAGAGGGGGGGGGUGAGCGGAUGUGAUCAUGCUCAAAUGAUGCAAUGUUGGAUUGAUGUGUAUGUUGUUUUCUACGAGUGAUGCUCAGGUGUGUGUAUGCCCUGCUCGUGUCAUCAUGUGAUCUGAGAGGCUGAAAUGAGGGAUUUUGGGAAGGUGAGUGUACAUUAUUUAAACCACUUUGUAGUGCGUGGCUGUUGUAUUGUUUUUUUCUGCUAUUUGACAAUGAAUUACUCUGCACUUAC